AAAGAGGCAAUUUCCAAGUCUAAACUCCCUGAGACUUUUGCUGAUGUGCCUGUUGACAGCUGUUUUCACCGAGUAAUAACAGCUCUUUGGUAUGAGCUGAAGUGUUCCUGCCUUGCUAGGAAAGUAGUUAAAUGUUACAGGGAAACUCAGGGGAAGGAUGCUGAGCUUCAAUAUAGAUUUACUGGAAAGGAGUCUCGAAUGUUCUGUCAGAACUUCAUGAGGGUAAUUAAACAACUGAGAUGUGAAGAUGACUCUGGGAAAUGUUGGCCCAAACAAAGGCUUGCAGUUCUUGUUUAUGCAUAUAUUGGAGUAAGGCUGCAUGAAUCUGUUUCUUUGUUUAGUCGGAUUGAUAUUACAGCUGAGCAGCUCUUGGAGCCUAGAGUAAAAUGUCAACAGUACUUCAGGGCAAAUGCUUUGCUUCUCCCCUCUAUGGUCACACCAACUGUUUGGACACUCGGGCAUGUCGUCCCUCAGCAUGCGGAACACCUGUUCCAGAAAUAUCACCAGGGACUAGGUACAGUGACAAUGGAGGGGAGAGAAGCAAAGCAUAUUGUCCUCAAGAAACUGCCAGAGAAAAGUUCGUCUAAAAACCAAUGGUUUGAUAUCUUUCAGCAUGAGUUUGUAAUGCUCAUUUGGUUACCAGAAAAUGGGUUUACCACAUGUCAAUACAAAGCUAGUAAAGCUGUUUACAUUCCAAAGAGGGAUAACAGCUAUUGUUCUUGUGGGUUACAAAAGGUCCAAAUUGAAGAUGACAAGUGUUGCAUUUGUGGUGACAGGCUGACAAAUCUUAUUGAACAAAGCAUCCAAAUGGGGAAAUGUCACCCACAGCUAAGACUGUGA